AUUGAUUUUCGUUAUCCAGCAUAAAAUAAAUAUUUAAAAACAAAAAAAUACACGCCACUAACGUUACGUUUUCGAGAGCAAAAUACAAAAAAAAAAAAUUAAAAAUCGAAUGAAAGUAACAUAAAGUGAAAAAGUAAUUUAUUUAUGUCAAGAAAAUUAAGAACUAUUGAAAAAGUUGAAAAUUCGCAUAAAGAGCCCAGAAAGUAAAUCUACACAGGUGAAUUCUGUUAAGAAAUCAAAGUGAAAAUUUUUAUGGAAAAAAGUUUAUACGUUUAUGGAAAAAAGUGCAGUGAAUUAUUUUCGUAAAAAGAUAUUAAAAUUUUGAAAUUCCAAAUAAAAUCAUAGUGGAUUUUUUGCUCAAGUGUUUAUUAAUUAAACACAGUGAAAAAUAAGCAAAACAAAGGGAUUAAAAAUAAACAUUUGGAAAAUUGAAAUUUGAAAAAGCGAUUUUUUAGUAAAAUUUUCAAAAAAGAGGAAACAAUAAGAAAAGUCGUGUAUUGAGCUCUUCGCCACACAAAUCGCAAAUGUACGCGUGUCCGGUAAAAUUAGAAAGAAAAAAAAACUGAACUAUUAACUCCAUACCCUUAAGGAUCUUUAAUAAAUUUUCAAUAAAUAUUGGAAAAUGUUGGAUCGUUGCGAAAUGCCGAUUCAAAUAGACAACGAUAAAUUACGGCGCGUGAGCGCUGUUGUCGAUCGCGACAAUCGUCUCUCGAAUUCACGCAUCGAUCUGCCCAAUGUGUGCAAUGGGGGCGUUGGUGGUGGUGGUGUUAUUGGUGGCAAUGGUAUAGCGCGCGGCGCAUCGCGCUCUGGCCGUUGCCUUGAUGUGCACAACAACCAUUUGAACAGUCACAGUCACAACCAUCAUAAUGGCCAUCGUCAGCGCAGCCCGACCAGCGGCAACAACAAUAACAAUAGCAACAGCAACAGCAACAAUAAUAGCAACAGCAACACCAAUACAAAUAACAAAAACCAACAACAACAGACAACUAUUGCCAAUAAACAAAUUAACAGCAGCAGCAACAACAACAAAAACAAUGGUCACAAUAACAACAAUAGUAACAAUAAUAUUGGCUCACCAGUAUCAUCGACAACGAUCUCAUCGCAUGGCAACAGCUCGACAAGCGGCGGCGAGCGGGGCUCAUCGACCAAAUCGAAUAGCAGCAGCGGCAGUGGCAGCAGUGACAAUAUGAAAUGCAUUACGCCGAUGACGCCGUCAGAGCUCGUCAAAAAGUUCCGCAACUAUUUAACUGAUGUAGAAUUUGAAGAACUGAAAGUCUACAAGGAAAUUUGGUACUUUGGACAGAAUGCAAAUAAAAAUUAUAAUAAAACAACAACGAACGGAACUGCCAAUGCGGGCUUUGACGAUGACAAUGGAAACUAUAAAAUUAACGAGCACGAUCACAUUGCCUUCCGCUAUGAGAUACUCGAAGUAAUCGGCAAGGGUAGCUUCGGUCAAGUUAUACGCGCCAUGGAUCACAAAACCAAUACGUAUGUGGCCAUUAAGAUUAUACGUAACAAAAGGCGUUUCCUCAAUCAGGCUGUGGUAGAAUUGAAUAUUCUCGAUGAAUUGCGCGAAAAGGACGCCGAUGGAUCUCAUAAUGUCAUACAUAUGCUGGACUAUACUUAUUUCCGAAAGCAUUUGUGCAUUACAUUCGAGUUGUUGAGUCUCAAUCUCUAUGAAUUGAUCAAGAAGAAUAAUUACAAUGGUUUCAGCAUGAGUUUGAUUAGACGCUUUUGCAACUCUAUUGUUAAAUGUUUGCGUUUGCUUUACAAGGAGAAUAUCAUACACUGUGAUCUCAAACCGGAAAAUAUUCUGCUUAAACAACGUGGCAGUAGCUCAAUAAAAGUGAUCGAUUUUGGCAGCUCUUGUUAUGUGAGUCGUAAAAUUUACACAUACAUACAAUCAAGAUUUUAUCGCUCACCGGAGGUGAUACUUGGACUACAAUAUGGCACCGCUAUCGAUAUGUGGAGUUUAGGCUGUAUCCUCGCCGAAUUAUACACCGGCUUUCCGCUCUUCCCCGGCGAGAACGAAGUCGAGCAGUUGGCCUGCAUCAUGGAAGUACUCGGCCUACCGCCGAAAGAGCUCAUCGCUAAUGCCACUCGCCGUCGAUUAUUCUUCGAUUCACGCGGCGCGCCACGUUGCACCACCAACUCCAAGGGUCGCAAGCGACUACCGAACGGAAAGUCACUCUCGCAGGCGCUCUUCUGCCAAGAUCGUUAUUUCAUCAACUUCCUGCAGCGUUGCCUCGAAUGGGAUCCAGCGGAGCGCAUGACACCUGAAGAAGCAGCACAUCAUGAAUUCCUGCAAAACUCCUCGUCCAGUCGUCAUCGCAGCUGCCGCAUGCCCAACUCAUCAUCGACUGGCGGUCUCAAUAAUAGCUCUUCACAAAAAUCAUCCUGCUACAGUUUCACUGAAGUCUCACCACCCACAAAUGCCACCAACGCGAAUCCCAACAAUAGUGCGGGCAAUGGCAGUGGCGCUGUGGUCGCCUCCAUUACCAGCACCACAGCAGUUAGCAAUGCGGCCAUUACCACGACGACGAACAAAGCGACAACCACCACACAAUCGCGCUCAAAUGGUUUGGCGCAACAUGCGCAUCACGCCAGCUCUUCCGGCCAUCUACCCGAUAUCAAGCUCAGCGCCAGUGACAAGUACAGCAGCAUGCAAAAGGUCGCCGUACGCUCGAAGAUCACCUCGUCCGUAUCGGAUUUGGAUGCGGUGCCGCAAUAUGCGUUGCAUCGCAGCAUUUACGGCACCAAUGGCAUGACACAUAGCGGCACUGCAGCGCGUAAGCAUCUCAUUACAAGUGGCACUAUCGCCACAACGUCAAGCAAAUAUGGCUUGGGCUUGGGUAGUGGCAGCGGUGGCGCGCACAGUCACCUCAUGCAUCAGAGCACAACAAUGGGCAAUGUGGCACAUCACGGCGGUGGUGGUGUUGGUGGUAGUGGGCACAGUAAUGGUCACAGCGGUGGCGGUGCCGGCGGGAACGGUGCCAGCAACAAUAUGUCACACUCACAAUCGACGGGCGAUGUGUCAGCGAUCUUCGGACGUGCUUGACUUCGCGCGCGUCCCACAAAACUUGAGCUCAAAAAAUGCAAACUAGUCAAUAUGGUGGAUUUUUGGAGCUAGAAGUGGAAGUAAGUGGCGCUGAUCGUGACGUGUGAGGUGAGGAAUGAUGAGAAAUUUUGAACUGAAGCAGAGUGGAUAGAAGCAGCGUGUGAGAAAGAGGGAGGGGGGGAAAAGGCAAGCUAAGUGUGAGGAAAAGCUGAAUUUGGACUGCCUUUGCGGGUAACUAACUCACGCGCCCGGGCAGAUUGCUUGGAUUUUUUCUUCUUUUUUUUGUUCAAAUGUAGCGCUACUUAGCCAACGGCGCUGCGCAUGCGACAUAAAAAAUAUUGUAACUUUAACUGAGCAUUAGUAAAACAUAACAUAUAUAACCUAUAUAUAUUGUACAUAGAUAUAAGUCUAUUUUUGGCCUCGUUGUACGCGUGGAAAUGCAGCAAGAAAAGCGGUUUAGAGAUUUUGGUGAAUAAAAGAAUUUCUUUUCUCUUACGUUGUUAAACGCGGAUACUCCAUAUGGGGCAAAUUUAUAUUCAAAUAUUGUCAAAUAAAAUAACAUAAAAUUUAAAAAAAGCACAAAAAAAAAACAUAAAACUAAUCCAAAAAAUGUAUUUAACUCUCUCAAAAACACCAGCGACCAGUAAAACACAAAAGAAAAUUUUAUGAUUAUAAAAUAUUUUCUGCGCUGCUUGUGGCAAAUAUAGCCUGGAAAUUUGCUCAUUUUAAAGUGUGCUUUGGCACUCGUUAUUUUAAGGAAACAACUGCUCGAAAUUAUCACUACGUUUUAGGAAAGCUCAAGUUUUGGAAUUGAACAGUUAUACGAGUAUUCUCUUGCUACUGGAUUUCUUGAAAAUUCUGAGGAAAUAGUUAGAGAUAUGUUUUAGAUUUUAAAAUAUUUUAGCAAAACUUGAGUUUGAGCAAACAAAAUUUGUUAUGAAUUAUGAAAAAACAAAAAAAUUCUAAGAAAUCAACAUCAAUUUUAUCGAAGAUCGAGUUUGAGAAAUGAUGAGUGAUCUGAGUAUUUUCGAACUACUAAAUUUGUGGAAAUUCCGACAUAGCCAGCUCUCCUAAAAUUCUGAAAAAUUUUCAUACUUCAAUGAAAUUUCGUACAACAACAAAAAACAAAUAGUUAAAGAAAUAAUCACGCAUUAUACAACAACAAAAUAAAUUAAAAUUUCUGAAAGAACAAACAAGAAAAAGAAAAUUAAAAAAUUUGUAUACUCUAUUUUUUAUUGUUUUUUUUUUCUUUUGAAGAACUGAAGUUGGACUGUAAAUCAAUAAAUAAAUAAAGUAAAAAAAAUUUAAAUUAUUUUCCAACCAUCAAAUUCAUUAAUAUUUCUUAUUUCUAACAUUUCUUAUUUCUAAAAAAAUGCGUUUUGUAAAAUUCUAAAACAAAAAAAAUAUUAAAAAAAAAUGUUGCAAUUUUUUAAUAGUACCAAGGCACGCAUUACACAAAGCCAGUAGCAGAAGAGUUUCAAUUUUCAUCGAUUUAUAUAUCUUUGGCCUCUGAGCUGUCAAAUUUUGUUUCAAUUACUCUAACUGUUAGUUUUCGUUUAUAGAUUUUGACAUGCCAACGAUCAAAAGCAAGAACAAAAUACCAUUGCUCUACUGCUACAAUUAUUUUGAAAACUUCACAAAAGUUGUAUCAAAGAAACUAAGAUUCAAGUUGCGCUGGUUGCCACUCCCCAUUAGGUAGUCGAGAGGGUCGCGUAGAACCCAUAGGAGGCCCAUUGAAAUAUCCGACAAAAGUAGAUAAUUUUAAUUAUAAAAAUUCAAGGUUUCAAUUUGGAAAGUAACAAAAAUUUUUCGGCUAAAACGAUUUUUUUGUACUUUUUAAAAAUUCCUCAUAGAUUUUUUGAAUAUAAAAUAUUUCUGUUUUUUUGUUUUUUUUUUUAAUUCUAAAAUUAUGUCAGAGUUUUAGUGUGAAAAGCAAGCAUGAGACGAGUAUUUUCUAAUAAAAAUUCUUGGCGUUUCUAAAGAAAAUUUUUUUUAAAUUUUUAAAAUUCUCUAUUAAAUUCCAAAUCCAAAAGUUUUUUAAUAUUUCAAGAAUUCCUUAUUAAAUUCCAAACCUAAUUUUUUUUUAUUUAAAAAUUUUAAAAAUUCUCUAUUAAAUUUCAAAUCGAAAAGUUUUUAAAAUUUCAAAAAUUCCUUAUUAAAUUCCAAACCUAAUUUUUUUUUUUAAUUUAAAAAUUCUCUAUUAAAUUUCAAAUCGAAAAGUUUUUAAAAUUUCAAAAAUUCCUUAUUAAUAGGACUAUGAAUAAGUUCGUGCGGUUUUUUUUCGAAAUUUGAAACUUUAUUGACGUAAAAUGGUUACAAAUUUAAUAUUCAAAAUAUUGUCCAUCGCUUACUACUACUUUUUCCCAUCUUUCUGGCAAUUCACGGAUUCCCUUUGUGAAAAAUUCGGUCGGUUUUGCCGCAAUCCACGAAUCGAUCCAUUUUUUGACUUCAUCGUAAUUACGGAAGUGCUGGUCAGCCAGGCCAUGUUGCAUCGAUCGGAAGAGAUAGUAAUCGGAUGGCGCAAGGUCUGGACUAUACGGCGGGUGGGGUAGGACAUCCCAUUUGAGCGUUUCUAAGUAUGUUUUGACCACUUGUGCAACAUGUGGCCGAGCAUUGUCAUGUUGCAAAAUAACUUUGUCGUGUCUAUCGGCGUAUUGCGGCCGUUUUUCUCGCAGUGCUCGGCUCAAACGCAUCAAUUGUCGUCGGUAGACAUCCCCCGUAAUCGUUUCAUUCGGUUUCAGUAGCUCAUAAUACACAACACCCAGCUGGUCCCACCAGAUACACAGCAUAACCUUCAGGCCAUGAAUAUUCUGCGCCGACGUCGAUGUUGAAGCAUGGCCAGGGUAUCCAUACGUUGCCCGACGUUUUGGAUUGUCGUAAUGGACCCACUUUUCAUCGCCAGUCACAAUUCGAUGCAAAAAAUCCUUUCUUUUGUGCCGUUGAAGCAGUUGUUCGCAUGCCAUAAAACGGCGUUCAACGUCUCUUGGCUUCAAUUCAUACGGCACCCAAUGGCCUACCUUUCGGAUCAUUCCCAUGGCUUUUAAACGUUUGGAAAUGGUUGAUUGAUCAACUCCCAAAGUUUUUGCAACCUCUUCUUGCGUUUGAGCCGGAUCUUGAUCGAGCAAUUCCUCCAAUUCGGUAUCCAUGAACUUUGGCGGCGCACCCUCGCGUUCUUCGUCUUCCAAGCCAAAAUCACCACUUUUAAAGCGUGCAAACCACUUCUGGCACGUUCGCUCAGAUAGAGCAUGCUCACCAUAAACUUCCACCAAGAUACGAUGACUUUCGGCUGCUUUUUUCUUCAUAUUAAAAUAAUGAAGAAGAAUUCCCCGCAAAAACACAUUAUUUGGCACGAAAUUCGACAUUUUCAAGUGUGGUAAAAAUAUUGUUGUUUACGCUUCAAAUAAAAAACUUAUACUGACGUUUGUGCCUUACGACAGUAGCUCUCCAAUGAAUGUUUGGAAAUGUGGAUCGAUGGAAUAAUAAUCAAGUUACGCCAUCUGUUGUAAAACCGAAACGAACUUAUUCAUAGUCCUAUUAAAUUCCAAACCUAAUUUUUUUUUUAAUUUAAAAAUUCUCGAUUAAAUUUCAAAUCGAAAAGUUUUUUAAAAUUUCAAAAAUUCCUUAUUAAAUUCCAAACCUAAUGCCUUUUUUAAAUUUAAAAAUUCUCGAUUAAGUUUCAAAUCGAAAAGUUUUUUAAAAUUCGAAAAAUUCCUUAUUAAAUUCCGAACCUAAUGCCCUUUUUAAAUUUAAAAAUUCUCGAUUAAAUUUCAAAUCGAAAAGUUUUUUAAAAUUUUAAAAAUUCCUUAUUAAAUUCCAAACCAAAGUUUUUUUUUAAUUUUACAAAUUCUCUAUUAAAUUCCAAAUCGAAAAUUUUUAAAAAAUGUUUAAGUUCUCUAUUAAAUUCCGAACCUAAUUUUUUUUUAAUUUAAAAAUUUUAAAAAUUCUCUAUUAAAUUUCAAAUCGAAAAGUUUUUAAAAUUUCAAAAAUUCCUUAUGAAAUUCCAAACCAAAUGUUUUUGUUUUAUUUAAAAAUUUUAACAAUUCUCUAUCAAACUCCAAACCUAAUGUUUUAUCUUAAAAAUUCUCUAUUAAAUUUCGAAUCGAAAAGUUUUUUCAAAUUUAAAAAUUUUUAAAAUUCUCUAUUAAAUUGCAAACCAAUUUUUGUUUUUAAUUUAAAAUUUUUUAAAAUUCUCUAUUAAAUUUCGAAUUCAAAAUUGUUUUAGAAUUUCAAAAAUUCCUUAUUAAAUUCCAAACCUAUCGUUUUUUUUAAUUUAAAAAUUUUCAAAAUUCUCUAUUAAAAUCCAAACCAAAUGCUUUUUUAAAUUUUAAACUUUUCAAAUCGAAAUGCAUUUUGCAUUAAAAUUUCUGACAAAAUUAACAUUUUUUUAUUAAAAAAAAAGAAACAUUAAUAAAAGAAUUAAAAUUAAAAUAUAUUGUCAAAGCCAGAGCUAAAAAAGUCCUGCUCUAAUUCUAUACAAUUUUCUUAAUUUCUUAAACCUUCAUUCAUUUACUAAAAUUUGUGAGAAGCUUUUUUUUAUUCCUUCAAAUUCUUCAAAAAAAUUUCAUGACAAUAAUUUUUUCUUUAUUAAAAGUUCUUUCAAAUUUGUUACAAACGCUACCAUUAAUUAUAUUUCAAGUUCUUAAAUUUUUUUCCAUUAACAAAAAUUUCUGACCAAAUAAUAAAAAAAGGAAAAAUAAUUAUGAAAGCGCGAGUUCAAGAAAUCAAGAGUUUUAUAAGAUUUUUUGGGUUGCUUUUGUUUUUUUUUUUUUUUAAUUCUAUAAUUUCUUCUUUGUUUCAUUACUUCUAAAAAUAAUUUUCAGAACUCUUAGUAUAAUUAAAAAAAGUCUUUUACAAAAAACAACCAAAAAAAUUUAUAAAUCUCGAAUUUCAUUAUAACAAAAAAAAAAAAAAAAUAGUAGAGAAAAAUUUGCCGUUUUUCUUGCGCAUUUCCCGCUACCUUUUGACUUUAUGCUCAUUUUAAUAGUAAAAUUUUGUAUGAGCAAACCUUAGGCUAUAAUUCGAAGAAAUGUUUGUAUGUGUAUGAGUGUUUUUGAAGUAAUCUUACAUAUAUAUAUAGAAUCUAGUGUAGUUGUUGUAAGUUGCAAAUAUAAUAAACGAAGGUAGUUAGCAAGUGAGCCCCAAUGGAAUAUAAACGAAAUUAAUCAAGUGAAGUAAAACAAAAAAAAAGCAUAAUUAAAAAAAAAUAUUAAAAGAAAGAACUUUAUGAAAUAUAAAAAAUAUGUAAAAAUAAGUGAUUUAAAAUUAUUAAAAUAUGCUUAAAGAACAAAAUUAAAAAAUAACAAACAAAUUUGUAACUAAGAAAUAAAAUUGUACUAAAAAACAUUGAUUAAUUGACGAAAAAAAAUUAAGUAACGGUGUAAUUGAGUUGUUAUAGCUUAUAAUGAUAAAUGGGAUAAAAAUUACAAUAAAAUGAGAUAAAAAUUAGAAUCAAAUAAAAAAUGUAAAUGUAGGCAAAACUUGUAAAGAAAUCAUAAGUUAAAAAUCACAUAAAAAGGAGAAAAUUUUAAAAAUAAUUAUAAAAAAAAAUCACGCCAUUCAUUGGUAAAUCGUGAAACAUUCUUGGCAUAAAACAAUUUCCAUAUGUUUAGUCUUACUGUUUUUAGUAAAUUUUUACAUAAACUGCCUUUGAUUCACUGUAAAUAAAAUACACGAAUACAUACAUAUUUACACAUGGGAUGACGUAUAUGCAUCAAGCAAAACACAAAAACAAAACAAAAAAAACAAAUUAAUGGGAGAAAAAUUCCAUUGCCAUGCAUCACACAAGUUUCCAAAAGCAUAUCUUGUAAAAAUUUCAUAUAAGGAAAGGAAAAAAUAAAAUACUAAAUAAAAUAAACAAAAAAUUAAAAAUAAAAAAUAAAAAACUCACACUGCAACAAACACUGCUCUAACGCUGUUCUAAUAAAACAAUUCUAGCGAAAUACAUAUUUUUAGACCAACUAAAUAUUUUACUUAAGGAAAAUUUUGAUUUUGAACAAUGCCAACUUUACAAAUAUUUCGACUUUACUAAAUUUUUUUGUUCCUAAUACAAAUUAGCUUUUAAGUCAUUAAAUAUUUAAAAAAAUGCAUUAAUUUUACUUAAUUAUUGCCUUUGGACAUUCUUUUCAAUACAUUUGUAAUUAAUUUGCUCGGCUUACUUUUUUUUAUUUAAUAUUUUUAAAUAGUUAUUUUCUUUAAUAUUUGCAUUACUUAUUUAAUUAAGUCUUUCAAACCAAAGUUUUUAAUUAAUUUUUGCAUUAAUUCUACUUCAGUUAAUUUUUUUUUAAUUAUUUGCUUAAAGAAAAUUUAAUUGAUUUUUUCACAAAAAAUUUUUUAACCAAAUUUUAUAUCAAAUUUUUGUAUUAACUUUUUCAUUCAUUUUAUUAAGUUAACUUUUUUAAUUAAUAUUCAAAAACAAUUUUUUUUGUAGUUUUCUCUCACAUUUUUUUUAUUAAUUUUCUUAAUUAUUUUUUUAUAAUUUUCUUAAUUAUUUUUUUAUAAUUUUUCUUGAUUAAUUUUAUUAUUUUUUUGAUAAAUUAAAAAAAAAAUUGUCUUAACUAUUUUUCUUAAUUACUUUUUUUUAUAACUUUUUCUUCCUAAAACUAAUUUUUAACGCAAUUUAAAUUUGUCACCACUCUGCUUCAAUCCAUCGCUACAAUUUGCUCAAUCAUGCCAAAAUAAUUAAAUUAACUUUAAAAUGCUCGCUUUUGAAGUUUUUUAAAUAAACCCUUAAAUAUCGAGUAGUUAGUUUCCUUCUUCUUCGAUGUAGCUGUAGUUGACUACGAAAAAUACGUAGUAAGCGCAGAUUUGCCGACAUUACCAUAAACAUUAUGUAUAUCACGCAGUGUUCGAAUUUAUCAAGUUUAGCAAAAAACAAAAAAAAAAAAAAUAAAAUAAAACAAAA